GGUUCCAGACCACGCCUCUUCCCUGCGCAACGACAAUCCUUUGCAGCCCGGCAAAAGGGGGAAAGUUUUCCUUCCUGUUAAAAUGGCGGCUUCCGUCGGUUUCAUGUGCUUAUGAGAAGAGGGAACCGCUAGGAUCCAAGCUGGGUGCUUUUUAAAGGAACGCUUCCAUCAUGAGCAACUUUUCUCAGCAGCAGAAGAGCAAAGGCUUAAGAUUUGCAGAGAAGCAGUUGAAGAGGCACGGCUGGAAAAAAGGUAAAGGACUGGGCAAGCAAGAGAAUGGGAUCUCUGAAGCCAUCAAAGUCAAAGUGAAGUGUGACACUGCUGGGGUGGGUCACGAUUCAGCUGAGCAGUUCACCUUCCAUUGGUGGGAUCACCUCUUCAAUUCGUCUGCUGCUAAUAUCGCUGUCGAGGCUGGACAGGAGGGUGUCAAAGUGAAGCGAGUUUCCGAGCAGGAUGGAGUGGUCACAAAUAAAAAGCCCCGUAAAGCAACAGGAGCCAAGGACAUGCUGUAUGGCCGCUUUGUGAAGGCAGCCACUUUGACGUCCGGCGGAGAGGAGCCCCUGAAGCCGCCUUCCUCUUCUGAGAGCAGUGAAGAGGACCAGGAGGAAAAACUGGACUUGUCUACAGCAAGGAGGCUCACCGAUGAAGAGCUGGUUGCAGCUUGCGGAGGACGUACGGCACACAAAGGGGCUCGCCAUGGCUUGACUAUGAGUGCGAAGUUAGCUCGCCUGGAGGAGCAGGAGAAGGCUUUCUUGGCCAGCUACAGCAAGCAGGAUGGAGUGGCCAAGGCUGCCUUGAGCAGCAGCCACAGCCAGGCUGAGAGACAGAAUCCAACCAAGAGGAAGAAGCAGAAGAAGGCCAGAGAGAGAGACUUUGAGGAGGCCGUUUGUGAGAACGAGCAGGUUGCAGGAGAAAAGGAGCUGUCGGUGGAUCAAGAGGCGAAGAAGAAAGCCAAGAGGAGGAAGAAGAAAGAGAAAAGGAGGCGGCAGCAACAGAUAGGCGAAGGAGAUGGAGAUUGACAUGGGACUUAAGAAACCCCCGGGCCCAAAAGACAGUGGGACUGAAUUGUUGGUAGGGAGGUAGUAGUCGCACAAUGCAAAAGGAGUGGGUAUUUGUGGUGGGAACAAAGCAGUAUUGUGCUUUGUCAUGAUUCCUGGUGGAUCUCAUAUCCUGUGUUUGUUCUAGGAACGGAGUUUGUGCAAAAAAAUACAUCCUGUGUGCAAUUUUCCCUCUAAA